CCGAAGUGGCUGCGCGCCAUCUACAACUCUCUUGACGCAUCAAAGUUGCUAGAUCAAUGCGACCACUUCGCCUUAGGCCGUGAGGCCAUCCAAGAAGCAGAGCUACUUUCUGGAAAAAGCACCAGCCUGCACAGCGAUUGCCUUAAAAAUGUACUCGUUUUUUUAAACUAGGUACUUAACUACAAGUAGUAGUAGAUUGGUAGAGGUAAGUCUAAGCACAUGAUGAUUUGUAUUCUGACUUCUUUUUCCUCCGCUAGGUGAAUGAAGUGUAGGCACAGGAGCUCUGCGUCGUGAAAAUAGAUGUAGUUAUCUCGUCUAGGAUGUCCAAACUGGUGUCCUGACUCUCGGGGUCCUAGAAGCUUUUAUGUAAGUAUGGAUUUAGAGAUCGAUGCGAGCGAAAUCGACUUAUAAUUCUCAAAAAUAUCGCACCGUUCUUGUUCUACUAGGUGAGCCGUCUAGGAGUGCACUCCUCUCGGUAUGUUCGAGAUUUGCAGGAGUUAGGUUUUCAAGCCAAGAAGCAACAUCCACUGCCUUUAGAUGCGCAGUCCAAGGAGGCUCGGAGGGUUCUCGUCGAAGCUGAUGAGAAAGGCCGAGCUCCUGUCCAAAAUCAAAGUAGCACUGCAGUACUAGAGCGUCAUCCUCGACGUGCGCAAUCGAUGGCACGAGGACGAGGACCACAUCAGAUAAUGACUAGUCGAGGACAAGGAGAAGGGAACUACAACAUCUACAGUCACGCUCCCUUUGAUAUAGAACAGACGUCGGCGUCAUUGAAGAGGAAAAGAAUACAAGUCGGAGGAGAACAAGAUCAGGAUGUUGCUGCAGAAGAUAAGAUGCAGAGAACAAUAGGAGAGGGGUCAUCUUCUGCUACUACAUCAGCUGGUGGGCGUCACCAUGCGCAGCACGGCUCUAGUCCGCAGCAGAGACUUAAGGCUUACCCGAAUCCAUCUCCGGAAGCAUCUUGGCGCUGUCCCAUAAGGCGAAAACAGCUCCACCAAGAUCAGGCACGAGAUGGCUUGGGGUGAGCGCUAAGAGACGCACUCGAAGCCCAGGGGCUUCGAUGCGAACAGUGUGCAUCAGUCGCAACGAGUGCAUGAUGAAUCGAUACACCUUGAAUGCGGCAACGCAAAGGUGUCUUGUCUUGUCCAGGCUUGUGACCAUGGUUUACACGACAGGUCGAGACCGCGAUAGCUGCGGAGCUCUUGAGGACAGUAGCGAGAGUAAAACGAACAAAGGUUCCGGUUCCGCGACUACGCUUAGUUCUUGGACCUCUAAUCCACCAG